GAUAUUUGUCCGGAAGCGGCUCCUGCUCCCAAGCGAACCUUCCUUCAGAAUGCAGAGCAGUGACAGCAGUAUCAAUACGCUCUAUGGGCAACAUGUAUCAGCUGGACAGGACGAAUCUACUCCCUUACUUGGGAAUAGCCCACAGAGGAGGUCAUCUGGAGGGACUUCCUUUGGCUUUUCAGUGUUCAAUUUAAUGAAUGCUAUCAUGGGGAGUGGGAUCCUUGGUUUAUCUUAUGCAAUGGCCAACACAGGGAUCCUAGGAUUCAGCAUCCUGCUGCUGAUCGUUGCUCUUCUGGCUGCUUAUUCCAUUCAUCUUUUGCUUCGAAUGUGUCUCCUGACUGCAGUUACAUCUUAUGAGGAUCUUGGGCUGUAUGCAUUCGGUCCAUCUGGAAAGGUCCUUGUAGCAUGCACAAUCCUCAUUCAGAAUGUUGGAGCAAUGGCAUCCUAUUUGUUCAUCGUUAAGUCAGAGCUGCCGGCUGCUAUUGCAAGUUUUAUGUCUGGUGACCAUGGAGAGCCUUGGUACCUAGAUGGCAGAAUACUGCUGAUAAUUACUUCUGUCUGCAUUGUGCUUCCAUUGGCUCUUUUACCCAAAAUAGGCUUUCUUGGCUACACAAGUAGUUUGUCAUUUUUCUUUAUGGUGUACUUUGCUGUUGUGGUUGUAAUUAAAAAAUGGAACAUUCCUUGUCCUCUUCCUCCACUAAAUCAUACUGUGACCUUCUUCCAGGCACCCAACAUCUCUGAGUGUAAACCAAAGUUAUUUGAUUUGUCCAAGGAGAGUGCUUUUGCUUUACCAACUAUGGCAUUCUCCUUUCUGUGCCACACUUCGGUUUUGCCUAUUUACUGUGAACUUAAAAGUCCGUCCAAGAGCAAGAUGCAAAAUGUUGCCAACGUAGGGAUAGGUCUAAGCUUUCUCAUUUAUUAUAUUUCUGCCUUGUUUGGCUACCUCACAUUUUAUGGUAAUGUUGAUUCUGAGUUACUUCAGGGAUACAGCAAAUAUCUGCCCAAUGAUGUUCUUAUCAUUACUGUGCGGUUAUUCAUAUUACUUGCUGUUCUAUUAACAGUACCGCUUAUCCAUUUUCCAGCAAGAAAAGCUGUUAUGAUGAUGUUCUUCUCUCAAUACCCUUUUUCAUACAUACGUCACAUUUUCGUGACGUUGCUGCUAAACAUAAUUAUUGUGCUGCUUGCUAUAUAUGUGCCUGACAUAAGGAACGUAUUUGGUGUUGUGGGAUCUACCACAUCUACAUGUCUGUUGUUUGUGUUCCCGGGACUAUUUUAUGUCAAGCUUAGCAGGGAAGAUUGUUUAUCGCCACAAAAGUUUGGGGCCUGUGGCUUGCUUUUUCUCGGUAUUUGUAUUGGUGCCUGCAGUUUAACACUAAUUACCAUGAAUUGGGCUUCCAAUGAAUAGAAGAGAAUCCUGCUGCAUUUUACAUUUUAACAGAAUGUGCAAGGAUUUACAGCUAAGGGUAUCCAGUUACCGGAGAAAUUGGUUCAGAAAUAGACUUGUCUUCGGAGCACGCCACUCUGACUGCCAGUGGGCCUUCAAGAAAGUAAAAACGUCAGCCGCUAAAUUACACGAGGGGAAACCUGUUG